AUGGCUGAAGGACUCGCAUCAGCCGUCUCAAUCCCCGACCAAAACACCAUCUCCUCCCCUCCGGCAGAACCCACCCUGAAGCGCAAGUCGUCGAUCACCGAUCCCGACGCGAAACGUCGCCGCUUAAGCUCCCACUCCCACGGCCCCUCCAACGAUGCGGAUGCGAAUAGCCACGAGAAAGAGAACCUCGAAUCCGGUGCAGAUGAGCAGGAGCGCAGAUCAUCUGCAGGGGUAGUGACAACCAAAACCGAGACAGUAUCAGAGAAGCCUGCCCCGGAGAAAGACGAAGGGAGGGAGCAAAAACAACGGGGCAGAGGACGACGGGAUGAAGAGCGGAAACGCGGUCAGCGGUUAUUCGGAGCGCUGCUGGGGACGCUUUCUCAGAGCUCGAAUUCGACUGCUCAGCGGCGACGCGCGGAUAUUGAGCGGAGACAGCAGGAUAAGCUCAAGCUGCAGGAUGAGGAGUAUGAUGAGUUGAAGAAGAAGCGGCGGGAAGAGAGACUUGUGAUUCGGAAGAAGGAGCAGAAGCUUUAUGAGGAGGAAGCGAUGCGCACCCGGCAUUCGAAUUUGUUAGCAAUGGCUCGUUUUUUAAAGACCAGGACAGAGCCGGUAUUGUACUACAAGCCGUGGGAGCUACGACGCGAAGACGAAGGUAUCAUCCAGGAUCAAAUCGAGGACGCAGAGAAAACGGUCGCCCGAGAAGUCGCCGAGUUCGAAGCCCGUUAUCCACCGCCACAGCAGACCGAAGAGGAGAACCCGCCAGAAACAAAACCGAAACCCCAGGCAGGGCAAGAAGUGGAGGAGGACAAACCAGCGGACCACCCGGCCCCAGUGGCCGAAGUCGAAUCAGAACGCAAGAAUGAGACCAGGGAGCCCCAGGAGACAACGCAUGAGGCAUCAGACAGGGUGGAUGCUGAAACUAACCGCGAUCAAAGCUCUGAAGAGGAUCCUCACACUAGGACUAACCAUGAGCCACAACCUGAUCCUAGCGAAGCCGACCAUCCGGACGACGGCGGUGAGGUCGUCGAGGAGGACAAUGAGGACACGGUGAUUUAUUAA